AUGACUCCGGAAAGACAAUACGCAAUUCCGAAAGGAUCUACUAUUCUUGUGACGGGUGCGAAUGGCUUCAUUGGCUCCCAUGUUUGCAAUGAGCUGCUUCAGCUAGGGUUCAACGUCCGCGGAACCGUCCGUGAUGUGGAUUCGUGCGCGUGGUUGCCAAAAGCCUUGAUGAAUCAGAAACCAAAUGGAGAGUUCUUUUUGGCUUCGUUGCCUAACAUGGAGAAAGAAGGGGCUUUCGACUCUAUCGUUGAAGGCGUGUCUGCAGUGGUUCAUGUUGCCUCUCCAGUCUCUUUCAACCCAAACCCUGAAUGCGUCAUUCCUAGCAGUGUUGCUGUGGCUGUGAAUGCGCUCAAAGCUGCCAACAAGUCACCGAGUGUGAAGCGUUUUGUCUUCACAAGCUCGUCUGUUGCAGCCGCCCUUCCCAAGCCGAACCAGAGUGGGAUCGAGGUGACCGCUGACAGUUGGAAUACUUAUUCGGUUGAGAUAGCUUGGAGGGAGGCGCCGUACCACCCUCAACGGGCAUGGCAUGUGUAUGCAGCUAGCAAAGUUGCAGCAGAAACGGCUGUGUGGAAGUUUAACUAUGAGAAUAUACGUCGCCGUUACGACUUGGUCGUCAACACAGGUCAGCUACUUCGAUCGUAA